AUGAGCACUACGAGCAAAGAUGACCGCAGCCUCGAGGUCAAGGUCGUUGCGGCCGUCUUCAUGGCCAUAGCCUCGGUAACCGUGAUCCUGCGGUGCUAUGUUCGAUUAUUUGUCGUCAAGGCGUUUGGCUGGGAUGAUGGCGCCAUGGUCAUUGCCAUGCUAUGGUACAUCAUGUUUUCCGGAUGUAUGAUCGGGGGAGCCCUCUACGGCACCGGCAGGAGAUUCGCUAAUCUCACGGCCCAUCAGCGAGUCACAGCCAUGGAGUACUGGUGGCUCUGCGAAAUCGCCUACUGCUGGGCCUCCGUCGGCUGCAAAGUCUCCGUCUGCAUCUUCCUGCGCCGCAUCACCGUCAAACGCCUCCACAUCUGGAUCCUCUACAGCGUCAUCGCACUCACAGCCAUCGCCGGGUCGGCCUUUAUGCUCAUCAUGCUGCUGCAGUGCAGGCCCAUCGAGUACUUCUGGACCCGCACCGCGCUCGACCCCUCCAUCCCGGGCUCCUGCAUCAACAUCCAUAUCGUCAUCGCCAUGACCUACGUCUACAGCGCGUUUGCGGCAUUGUGUGAUUUUACCGUCGGUAUUCUGCCCAUCUUCAUGGUGCGCAAGCUGCAUAUGCGCCGGCAGACCAAGAUUGCGGUUAUUGGGAUUUUGAGCAUGGCUUGCAUUGCCUCCUCCGCCGUCAUCAUCCGUAUCCCCUGGGUGGGCACUUUUGCGGAUCCAGACUUCCUCUACGCCACCGUCGACAUCGCGCUCUGGUCCAACAUCGAAGUCGGCCUGGGUAUUUCCGCCGGAAGUCUAGCGACCCUGCGGCCCCUGCUUCGCAUGAUACGCGGCACCAGCACCACCGACGAUUACAUGUCGCCGAUGCCCGGCCAGUCGUCCUCGCGCCGUCUCGGGCCUAGUCGUGAUCGUCCUGUGCCCUUGGGAUCGUUAGAUACGGAUGCCGGGGGUCGAUUCCGCCCGGAUAAACUGGCCACGACCGUGACGACCGUGCAUGCGCCGGAUAGCCCGUGGAGAGGAUCUAGCGAGAACAGCAGUGAGGAGCGGUUGAAUUCCGAGCGGCCGGCGGCAGACGGCGGAGACAUGGGACUGGGCAUCCAUCGCACGUUCGAGGUGACGCAGACCUCCGAGGCCAAGUCGGCCAGCGUGAGAGAACAUGUAUAG